UAGUAAAGCGGGUUAUUUUGCCAUCAACAAGGAUGGCGGCUAUAGAGAUGUUUGGGGGAAUGGCGUGAAGGGUUGCCUGGGAGCAUUCUCCAGCUGGCGGGGAAAGGCCCCAGGAUUUCCUGGGGACCCCAGAGACAAAAGAAAGGGGAUAUUAAACUCGUUCUGAUGUUGUCACUAAAGCACGCUAAUAGAGCUUCAUACGUUAUCUAGAAGAAGACCUCUUACAGAAUGGUGCUUGUGGUCUUUUGGGUAUGCUCUGUCCACUGAGUAACGAUGGACUCCAAGGAGAAGUGUCAGGAUGAAAUGACUUCAAAUUUGGGUCUGAGCACAACGAAGGCUCUGACUAUCCUGAGAGACCAGCUGUCUGCACUUCUGGAGGGGCAUCAGAAGGAAAGGAAGAAGGUGAUUUCCUGGAAGGAGGUGUGGCGAGCCAGUUUCCUGCACCAUGGCAACCGCUGUUCCUGUUUCCAUUGGCCAGGGGCAUCCCUGAUGCUGCUGACAGUGCUGGUACUAUUAUGCUGCUUUGGGAGCCAACCACAAGGAAGUGAAGGUUCUGAAAUUGUGAACGCCUUGGCGCUGUUCCUCCUGGUGCUGCUCGACGUCCUCUUGAUUGGACGGCAAGAGAGGCUAAAGCGCCAGGAAGUCGAGAAGAGACUCCAGGACAUCAUUGGCAGGAUAAAUGAUGCCCUGAAGGAUGGCAAAGAGCUGAGCUGGACAAACUCCAUGUACCCUGACCUUCACAUGCCCUUUGCCCCCUCCUGGUCACUCCAUUGGGUCUACAGGGACGGCCAUCUUGUCAAUCUUCCAGUCAGCUUGUUAGUAACGGGUGAUGUCGUUGCCCUGAGGCCAGGCCAGGAGUCCUUCACUUCUCUCAGAGGGAUUAAGGAUGAUGAGCACAUUGUCCUGGAGCCUGGGGAUCUCUUCCCCCCUUUUUCUCCUCCACCAUCUCCAAAUGGGGAGGUGAAGAAGGGACCUCAGAAUCCACAACAGUAUCGACUCUUUCGUGUCACAAAAACACCAGUGAUUGACAAUGUCAGGUUAUGUUUAGACAUGGCUUUGUCACGUUCCGUGACUGCUCUGGAUAAUGAAAGGUUCACUGUACAGUCCGUGAUGCUCAAGCUUGCCGUUCCCAUUGUGCUGAUUGGUUUCCUGAUCACCAAUGCCAUACGUUUUGUUUUCAUGGCUCCUGGAGUUGUCCCUUGGCAAUACACAUUGCUUCAGCUGCAGGUCAACGGGGUCCUGCCCAUCCUCCCACUGCUGUUCCCUGUCCUGUGGAUUCUUGCCACUGCCUUCGGUGAAGCCAGAGUCCUGGCCCAGAUGAGCAAGACCUCACCCACUUCCCUGCUGGCUAAGUUCUCAGAGGACACGCUGAGCAGCUACACAGAGGUGGUAUCUACCCAGGAAAUGAUGCGGUGCAUCUGGAGCCACUUCCUGGAUGUCCUGAAGGGCAGGUCUCCAACCCUCACCUUCACCUCUAGCUUGCUUCACAGCCUGGGAUCUGUCACAGUACUUUGCUGUGUGGAUAAGCAAGGAAUUCUGUCCUGGCCUAAUCCCAGUCCAGAGACGGUUUUGUUCUUCAGUGGUAAAGUGGAACCUCCUCAUAGCAGCCAUGAAGACCUGACAGAUGAACUCUCCACGCGCUCCUUCUGCCACCCAGAAUUGGACGAAGAGCCCCACGAAAGGGACGCUCUGCUCUCGGGGCCUUUGUCAGACAUCGUUCACAUCACCAAUGAGCAAGACAGAGUGGAGUGGUCUACUGGCAACACCCCAAAGGCUUCUGAGGCUCAUACUCACAAGAAGUCAACCGGGCGCAGCAAACACCCUUCAGGAUCCAAUGUGAGCUUCAGUAAGGACAUCGAGGGCGUGGAGGAGGAGCCCGUGCAGGUUGAGGCUGACAGCGAGGGACUGGCAUGCGAGGCAGAAGACUUUGUGUGCGAUUACCACUUGGAGAUGCUGAGCCUCUCCCAGGACCAGCAGAAUCCCUCCUGCAUCCAGUUUGACGACUCCAACUGGCAGAUGCACUUGACCUCCCUGAAGCCCCUGGGCUUGAACGUGCUGCUUAACUUGUGCAACGCCAGCGUGACGGAGCGCCUGUGCCGAUUCUCCGACCACCUCUGCAACAUCGCCUUGCAGGAGACGCACAACGCCGUGUUGCCUGUCCAUAUUCCGUGGGGACUCUGUGAGCUGGCCAGGCUCAUAGGCUUUACACCUGGUGCCAAAGAGCUUUUCAAGCAGGAGAACUACUUGGCCCUUUACCGGCUGCCAUCAGAUGAGAUGGUGAAGGAGACGAUGCUUGGGAAACUCUCAUUCAUCACCAAAAGGAGACCACCUUUGAGCCACAUGAUCAGCCUUUUUGUCAAAGACACUACUACCAGCACCGAGCAGAUGCUUUCCCAUGGGACUGCUGACGUCAUCCUGGAGGCCUGCACGGACUUCUGGGACGGUUCGGAUAUCUAUCCACUGUCUGGCUCUGACAGGAAGAAAGUGUUGGAUUUCUACCAACGUGCCUGUCUUUCGGGCUAUUGCUCCGCCUUCUCUUACAAGCCCAUGCACUGCGCCUUGUCCUCCGAGCUCAAUGGGAAGUGCAUAGAGCUAGUGCAGGUCCCCGGGCAGACUGCCAUCUUUACGUCCUGUGAUCUUCCUGGGACGACGCCCAUCAAGCAGAGCAGCCGGAGGAACAGCUGGAGCUCCGAUGAAGGGAUUGGGGAAGCGAUGGAGAAGGAGGACUGCAUCCAGGCUCUGAGCGGCCAGAUCUUCAUGGGAAUGGUCUCAUCCCAGUAUCAGGCCCGAUCAGAUGUCGUCCGCCUCAUUGAGGGACUUGUCAAUGCCUGCAUUCGUUUUGUCUACUUCUCCCUGGAAGAUGAGCUCAAGAGCAAGGUGUUUGCUGAGAAGAUGGGUCUGGAGACCGGCUGGAAUUGCCACAUAUCCCUGACACCCAAUGGAGAUGUGCCUGGUUCCGAAAUCCCUCCUUCCAGCCCCAGCCAUGCAGGCUCCUUGCGCGAUGAUCUGCAGCAGGUUUCCCGAGAAGAUGCAGAGGGCCUUCUGCUGAUGGAGGAGGAAGGACACUCCGACCUUAUUAGCUUUCAGCCAACCGACAGUGACAUCCCCAGCUUCCUGGAGGAUUGCAAUAGGGCCAAACUGCCACGUGGAAUCCACCAGGUGAGGCCCCACCUGCAGAAUAUUGACAACGUGCCUUUGCUUGUUCCUCUGUUUACAGAUUGCACCCCAGAAACCAUGUGUGAGAUGAUUAAGAUCAUGCAGGAAUACGGGGAGGUCACUUGCUGCCUCGGCAGCUCUGCCAACUUGCGCAACAACUGCCUUUUCCUUCAGAGCGACAUCAGCAUAGCCCUGGAUCCUCUUUAUCCCUCUCGCUGCUCUUGGGAGACGUUUGGGUAUGCCAACAGAACUAACAUGACCUGUAUCUCCGAUGAGCUCACGCCUCUUCAGCUGUCUGGCCAGCUGAACAGCCUAUCGUGCUCCCUGACUAUUUAUCCAGAAGAAACCAUUGGGCUCAUCAGACUUAUAGAACAGGCCCGGCAUGCAACUUACGGUAUUCGCAAAUGCUUCCUCUUCCUCCUCCAGUGUCAGCUGACUCUGGUCAUAAUCCAGUUCCUUUCUUGCCUGGGGCAGCUGCCCCCCAUUCUCAGUACCACCGACAUCUUGUGGCUUUCCUGCUUCUGCUACCCGUUGCUAAGUGUGUCCCUCCUGGGCAAGCCCCCUCACAGUUCCAUCAUGUCCAUGGCAACUGGGAAGAACCUGACUUCCAUUCCUAAAAAGACCCAGCAAUACUUCCUGUUCUGCUUCCUGCUGAAAUUCAGCCUCACCAUCUGCACCUGCUUGGUUUGCUUUGGCUACAUGCUGCAGGAUUACUGUGCAAACUUCAACUCCUCUGCCUUCAAUGUGAAUGUCACAGGCUGCUCCUCCAUCAUGCUGCACAGUAGUGCAGAAAGCUCCCCUGACUGGUUUGGAGAGUUUUCCAGCAUCCUUCUCCUGGCCCAGAAGUUCACGGCUGGGAUGAUUGUCUUACAUACUGUGUUUAUCUCUGUCACUCACGUCCAUCGUACCAAACCACUGUGGAAGAAAAGCCCCUUCACUAACUUCUGGUGGACUCUGACAGUUGUCAUUGUGCUGCUGGGCCAAGUUAUCCAGACCCUCCUGGACCUGAAGCUCUGGGUGAACCUCGAGUCUCCAGUGACCUACAAAAUGGAUGACAUUCCCAUGGCCUCCUGGUUGUUGGGUUUGCUCUCUCUUAUCCUUGUUGUGAUCAUCAAUGAGACUGUCAAACUCCAUGAAAUCAGGGUUCGAGUACGUUACCAGAAGAGGCAGAAGCUGCAGUUUGAAACCAAGCUGGGCAUGAAUUCCCCAUUUUAAUCCCCACAAGUAGGACGUGCCCUGGAGGGCCUGGGGGCUGCAUGUUCCCUUCUCACACAACCUUGCCACCUUGCUGAGAGAGGAAAGGAAAAAAAGCACCCAGCCUCAUGUGUGAAUCCCUCUGGUCAGUGUGGAUCAGAAGAGGCCAACCCCUAAGAGCGGGGAGAGCUACAUCUUGAGCGCUGGUGAAGAUUCAGUGCCUGGCAUGAAAGUGUUGGUGGGACAUGGACUGCUGCUAUUCCUUCUGUAAAAUUUAUUUUUACACCUCCUUCCCUUGGAGCUCCUUGGGAUCCAGCAGAUUGACACCUUGGAUUGAAGAGGAAGGAAUUCUCAUUGGACCCCUUUUUUCCCCUGCCAUUCAUAAUUCGACUAGGUUAUUUUUCUUUUUCCUUCUUGCCCCCCCCCCCAAUGACUUUGUUGCAAUGCUGCUUGCUCCAGGGCAUUCUGGGUAUAAGCGUUGCACCCACCCACACCCACCUGCCACCCAGGAGGGAGUAGGAGCAGCUGGCCUGCUAGCUGGCCCUGCAGAAGUACCCCACACACACACACCCCACACCCCAGCUGCAGUCCCUGUGACCCACAGAGCAGCCCUUCGCCUGAAGGCUGCCCUCUUGUGGAAGAUGACGCAGAGGAGCAGGAUGUCUGGGAGGUUUGCUGCUUUAAGUACAAAGGCAGCCCUUCUCCAGUUAAAUACCUCUGGGAUGUAAAGUAUGUAAUAACAGAGUUAAUAGGCCAGACCCUUCGCCACCGUCAUGAGAGCAUCUUUUUAGGGGUGGGUAUUGUGGAUAUACCUCAGCCCUGGCCACGUUCCAUAAGGAGGCUGUCUUUUAGUGCUUAAUACUGAAAGGGCUGGGGUUGUGUAUUUUCCUUGUACAUCCACUCACUGUUUGCUAAACCUUGUGAGUGACCAAGGUCUUGAGAGGUCAUGUGGUUUUGUGUGCUUGCAUGGGCACGGAAGACAAAGGCGUGUGGGCCAGAUCUGAGUCUGGAUUGACGGAUUGAUUGAUCUUUCAUUUUUUCUUCAUUGAAAGAGUGCUGCGUCUCCAGACAACCCCGCUCUUGGCUGCUUUGAAUGGAGGAUGGCAGAUGAAGCUGGGCAUAGUUCCUCUCUCAUAUCCAUGGGCUAGGCUUGGGAUCUUGGUUGCAUUUUGUGCUUUCCCCACUGUUUUGGAGCAUCCCUGCUCGAGCCUGGUUGGUUAAGUUGGAGACACAUAGCAUACUAUCCCAUGAUCUGUUUCCCUAAACGCAGGGUAUUAAGUCUGGGUGGAUUUACCGCGCAGUGCUGAGAAUCUGCAUCGUCCUCAAUCCACCCUCUCUCUUGCCUGCCAAUUUUAGUCGUGGUGGAUAAACUCGGGCUGUUGCUUUUGGCGGGAAGAAAUCAGAACUACCUCUGUUGGGCAACCUCUGCUCUAUUUAUGGACAAUACCAGGAACAGCUGCCUUCUCUGCAAGACCAAUCACUUAGAUAACAGGGCAUGUGUUGUUUGGGAGUAGGUAUUUUGGGCUACUGUGGAUGGGCUGUUGAGUAUUCAGGGCUCCAUGGAGGAUCUGCUCUACCUGGUAGGGUUUUGGCCUAGGCAAUCCAAUUAAUCUAGAGUUGUUUAAAAGCACUGACCCACCCUAGCAUUGCAGUUAGCAAACUUGUCAAGCCUUCUUAAGGAAACAAGGGCAAAUUAACCUUUCGGCGGGAGGGAUACUUUUAUCCUUCCACAGCAGACAAAACGACAUUUUACUUUGUUAGAUUAGAAAAGAAAAAAAUCAUAGGCUUAGGCCUGGUCGGAGGUAGUGGUGAUGGAAGGAGAGAAGUGAUACCUGGAGGAUUUUAAGAAGCAUGUAGUACGGCCUUCCCCAACCUGGUACCCUCCAGAUGUUUUGGGUGACACCUCCGAUGAGCUGCAGACAAUUUGGCCAUGCUGACUUGGGCUAGAAGAAGACACAUUCCAAAACAGCUGGAGGGUAUCAAACUGGAAAAAGUUGGUGUGGUUAAGGUCAGAGGAUGUUACUUUACGCCCCCUUGCACAUGGCAAAGUUCUCAAAAGCUGUGCAGCUGGCUGUGACUGGGAAAUUGGCCAAUAUCCUAUGUUUAUAUUUUAAAAAGAGGCUAUUGUUUAGAAACUGUUAAAAACACAUUCUCCCUCCCAUUUUCAUCAUUGCUGUUCCCACGUAGCUCAAGGUUUGCUGCCUUCUCACACUGGGUGUGAUGAUCUAUUGUACUGCUCCCCAAGGGCGAAGAGCUUUGGGGAAUGGGCUGCGUUUCACCUCGGUACUUACCAGCAACAGUCCUCUCCUAGUGUCAGAAUUGGCACUGGCUUCAGUGGGUCAGGAUUUGCAUCCAUAGCUUGAGGCCAGCGGUGCUUGGCAUGUGCCAGUUGGGGGUCUCUGGUCCCAGGCUAAGUUGUGGGUGGGUGAGCAGAUUUUGUAUUUGGAAACUGGACUGAUUUGGUAUGGGUGACAGACAC